ACGAGAAAAGAGACGAAAUUUCAGUUCUCCUUUUAACGCCGAGCUGGAAAAAGCGGUGAAGACACCGGAGCGAAGAAAUGUAUCUAAAAGCUCCGUUUUGGAGCAAAGAUUCGAACUCUGAAUCUCAGACGGAAUCUCCGUCGGCGGUGGCGGAGCUAAUAAGCUCUCUUGAACGGCAGAGACUAUACAGGGAGGUGACACUCGCACUCCGCACAGGACUCAGUGAUGCACGUGCUGAGUUCUCCUUCCUCCGUAUUCGUGGCCUCCGCGUCAUCCUCAAGUUCCUCCGAUCCGUGGCCGAGUCCGAUACUACCAUCAACCUCUUCUGUCACAGCCAAUCCAUUCCCGAUCUUCAAGUGGUUCCAGUUCUUUUCAGACAUUCCUUGAGAGAUACAGAGGACCAGAAUGUUACCAGUCUAGACCACAUAUUUACUGUGGAACCUAUGGAAAUAACCAGCCCAUCAACUGAUUCUGAAGUUUCUCUAGCACUUAGAGUUCUGGAAGGUUGUUGUCUGAUUCACUGCGAGAGUAAUGUUUUGGCUCAUCAGUACAAGGCAAUCCCGGUGUUGAUGAACAUAUUGUCGACUCGAGGGGUACUGGGACAAGGAGCAUGCUUGGAUGCUUUAAUUGCUAUAAUGCUGGAUUCAUCUGCCAAUCAGGCGGAUUUUGAGGCUUGCAAUGGCAUUGAGGAAGUUGCCAUACUGAUUAGAGACAAACAAGUAGAUGAAAAAUUGAGGCUCAAGUGUGGAGAAUUUCUACUGCUUCUCAUUGGACAUGUAAACGGGAGGGAGAGGCCUCCCAUGGCAACAAUUCAUGAAGACAUAAGGCGAUUUCUAGGUGAGAAAUCUGCAUCAUUGAUAUGGGCAGCUAGUCAAUUUGGUUCAACCCUUGAUCCAGAACAGAGAUUGACAGCUUUGCAAAUUCAAGGCCGUAGAGUACUGGAGUCAAUAGACCUUUAUUGACCAUAAAGUUUCAGCAAUUUUUGUCCCUGUGUGAUGUCCAGAAGCUUCAGAGAAGUGGCAAUUUCACUUGGAGGCAUAUCCUUGCAACAAGGAUCGACUACUAGGCUAUCCAGAAGCUACAAUAGGAAGAUACGUUAAUUCUGGUGACAUUACAAUACCACAAUGUGAAUAAUUGUGAAUUGUUUGUUCUAUACAAAAGUACAAUGCUCUCUAGUUUUCUGCUCUUAUUUGUGAUGUCAAUAUAUUUAACAUUUCAUAAAUCUCAUCUGUUUUUUGAUGAGAUGUAUCACAAGCUACAAAUACGUGUAUUUCACCUUUA